ACAGGUCAAACGCGUUUUUCUUCAGAAGCCAGGAUGCAUGUGGGCCCUUACAGUGUGACAUGCAUAUUUCUCUGUGAGUUAGUCACAGACUAUACCUUCAGUCUAUGCAGAUAGCCAGACACACCUUUCCCUGGAAGACUGACAGAAUCAGGUCAUAGAGAGCUAUCGAGGAUGAGGUGCAGAUAUCCUCUCCGUUGUGGACUUUGUCUGAUCGUUGUACUCCUCAUGUGGUAUGCUGUGUCCAACAACUUACUUAUAAAACCUGAAGUCACAUCGCAAGAUAAAGUGACCUCACAAGCUUCAUCUCACAACCCUAAGUGUCCGCCACAAGACACAUGCAGCGCCAACCAGUUCGCGUUUUACCUCAAGACCGGAGCCGCCAACGCCAUUGGGCCCAAAAUCUGUUUUGAUGGAAAGGUGGUCAUGAGUGGUGUUCACAACAAUAUUGGACAUGGACUGAACAUUGCAGUUAUAGAUGCUGAAAGUGGGAAGAUUGAGAAGACCAAUUUUUUCAACAUGUACUCUGGACAAUCAGAGGAUCUAUUGCAGUUUCUUGUAGAAAUAAAACCUGGGAUGAUUGUCCUGGUUGCCUCUUUUGAUGACUCAGCAACAAAAAUGACAGACAAUAUCCGGGAGAUUUUUGCCAAGAUGGGCAGCACGCUCAUCAAAUCCCUGUCUUUCAGGGAUACUUGGGUUUUUGCAGGAGCCACUGGAAUAGAGCACACAAGCACAUUUGAGAAGAUGGUGAAAAAUGACAAAGCAACUAACACUUAUGAUGGCUGGCCUGAAAUAGCAGAUUUGGGAGGGUGUUUUCCAAGAAAACUUUAUUAGUCGUUUGAGUUUUCAGCACAAAAUCUUGCCUCCAUCACUGGCAUUUUUGCAAUAUUACUGAUAUGGCAUUUGGGCAACACUGGUAAUCGCUGUACAAUCUCAGAUUCAUGAAAAUAAGCAUUAUAAUGUUUUCAUAUUGUUCAAUGUUACAAUGUUUGUUUUUUUAAAAAUACAAUAUUAUGUUUACAUUAAGUAUUCCGUUAGCUGUUUUGUUAUGUAAAGGAGUGCAAAAAUAUAAUUAUGUCCUGUUUCA